AUGAAGGGACAUCUCUCCACUUUGGUGCUGUGGCUUCUUCUCACAGUUCAGGACGUAGCAGGUGCUGAUGAGCUGAGGCUGGCGGACGGAGGCAGCCCCUGUGCCGGGAGAGUGGAGGUUAAACACCAGGAUCAGUGGGGGACGGUGUGUGAUGAUGAAUGGGACACGGAAGAUGCUGGAGUUGUUUGUAAGCAGUUGGGAUGUGGAUCUGCUGUCAGUGCCCCUGUCAAAGCUCAUUUUGGAGUAGGACUUGGACCAAUUUGGCUGGAUGACGUUGCCUGUGAUGGUACCGAGCCUGCUCUCUGGCACUGCAGGAACAGGGGAUGGGGUGAGAGUAACUGCGGUCACGGAGAGGAUGCUGGAGUGACCUGUUCAGGCCACGUUGAGCUCCAGCUGGCUGGAGGGGACAGUGCCUGCUCAGGACGUGUGGAAGUAAGACAUGGAGACACCUGGGCUACAAUCUGUGAUGCACACUUUGAUCUCAAGGCUGCCAGUGUUAUCUGUAAUGGACUACAGUGUGGAAUAGCUCUAUCUAUCCCAGGAGGAGCUCACUUCGGAAAAGGACAUGGACCAAUCUGGACUGAGGAAUUCCAGUGUGUAGGGAAUGAGUCACACCACGUGUACUGUCCCAGGGUAUCACACGGGAGUCCGACAUGCUCACAUGCAAAUGUCAUAUGCUCACGUUUCCGGCUGGUGAACGGCAGCACAGCGUGCUCAGGGAGGGUGGAGAUCCAGGUUCUUGGUACCUGGGGAACCCUCUGUGACUCACGCUGGGAUUUACCAGACGCCAACGUUCUCUGUCGUCAGCUCGACUGUGGGUUCGCUGUAUCGGCUCCAGGAGGAGGGUAUUUUGGGAAGGGAACUGGCUCUGUCUGGACAGACACAUAUCACUGUAAAGGGACUGAAACCCAUUUGAGCCAGUGCCCUGUUACUGCCCUGGGAGCUUCUCAGUGCUCUCACAACAAUGAUGCCAGUGUGAUUUGCUCAGGUCGCUCUGAAUCACUCAGGCUGCUGAAUGGAGAGAGCCCGUGCGAUGGGAGAGUUGAGAUUUCCCUCCAUGGUGUGUGGGGCAGAGUGCUGGAUGACCAGUGGGACAUGAACGAUGCCAGUGUGGUGUGCAGGGAGCUCCAGUGUGGCAUCGCUGAGAAAACUUAUAACCCCCCUAAGUCAGAACAAGGAACGGGCCCCGUGGGGCUGAGAAGUGUCCAGUGUGCAGGAAACGAGACACAUCUGACUCUCUGUGACAACUCAACAUCUGAGACAACCCAGGCAGGAAUUGCUGAGGAUGUCGGUGUCAUUUGUUCAGGGAGCAGACAGAUCAGACUGGUGAAUGGGACAGGUCACUGCACUGGGAGAGUGGAGAUUUAUUACAAUGGCAGCUGGGGGACAGUCUGUGAUGAUUUCUGGGACCUACCGGACUCCAAUGUCGUCUGCAAACAACUGGGAUGUGGACGUGCCAUUAAUGCAACUGUCUCUGCUCAUUAUGGGGAAGGAUCCGGGCAGAUCUGGCUGGAUGAUGUGAACUGUUCUGGGAAUGAAUCCGAUCUCUGGUCAUGUCCUUCCAGGGGCUGGGGCCAGCACAACUGCAGACACAAAGAGGACGCAGGAGUUCUGUGCUCAGAAUUCACAGAUCUGAGGCUGGUGAGCAACAGUGACUGUGCUGGGCGGUUGGAGGUUUUCUACAAUGGGACGUGGGGCAGUGUUUGCUCCAAUCAGAUGUCUGGAGACACCCCAAAAAUUGUCUGCAAACAGCUGAACUGUGGGGAUGGAGGACAGAUUGAAAGAGACUUUGAAUAUGGAGAAGGUUCUGGUCCCACAUGGCUGGACCAUGUUGCAUGCAGUGAUCAGCACAGCUCCCUCUGGCAGUGCCCGUCAGAGCCCUGGAAUCCAAAGUCCUGUGAUAACCGAGCAGAAGAGACCCAUAUUUCUUGCGCUGAAAAAAAAGCAAAAUCAACUCAGACCCCUUUUACCGAGUGCCCGAACUCUCCAAGCUGCACAGACCAGGAGAAGUUACGUGUCGUGGGAGGAGAGGACGGAUGCUCGGGGAGAGUGGAGGUUUGGUACCGUGGCUCCUGGGGAACAGUUUGUGAUGACUCCUGGGACAUGGCGGAUGCUAACGUUGUGUGUAAACUACUGGGCUGUGGAUCUGCUGUAUCUGCCCCGGACAAGGCUGCAUUCGGCGAGGGGACUGGUCCCAUCUGGGUGGAGAAAUUGAAUUGCCGAGGGACAGAGUCAUCUCUCUGGGACUGUCCUGCCAAGCCCUGGGGUGAGAGCAACUGUGGUCAUAAGGAAGAUGCUGCUGUGAAUUGCUCAGCUCCCCAGCGCCGCCCUCAGACUGACAGUGGGAGAGUCACGGUGCCUGUGGUCAUCUGCAUUAUCCUGGGGGCCCUGCUCUGCCUGGUCUUAAUCAUCCUGGGGGCGCAGGUGCGAAGUGCCAGGGCACAGCACAGAGGCUCCAGAAGACCCUUGGAUCCCUUCUCUGAGGCCGUGUACGAGGAGAUUGAUUAUAACCUGAUGAGAGAGAAGCAGGAGAUGUUCAGUCGCUCAGUCUCCUAUUCAGAUGACUCAGUGACGAAGCUGCAGUAUUACACCGGGGACAGCGAGGGGGAAAACGAUGAGGGGGAAAAUGAUCUUGGAUCAGAACAAGGCGUCAGUGCCCAGCAGGACUCGUCUGUCACCCCCGAAAGAGAGAGGAAGAUUGUCCUGUGUUAUAAUUACAGGUGGGCUAAGCCCAACUCAUUGAUCCAAACCCAGCAGAACUUUGUGGGAGAGGAGAUUUGCAGAUUGUGA